UGCGACCUCAAGUACACGGAGGGCGUCCAGUCCCUCAACUGGACCAAGAUCAUGAAGACCAUCGUGGACGACCCCGAGGGUUUCUUCGAGCAAGGAGGGUGGUCCUUCCUGGAGCCCGAAGGCGAGGGCAGUGACGCCGAGGUGGCCGAGUCCGAGUCGGAGAUGGAGGACGAGACCUUCAACCCCUCGGAGGAGGAUUACGAGGAGGAGGAGGAGGACAGCGACGAAGAUUACUCCUCCGAGGCCGAGGAGUCGGAAUACUCCAAGGAGUCCCUGGGCAGCGAGGAAGAAAGCGGCAAAGACUGGGACGAGCUGGAAGAAGAAGCUCGAAAAG